AUGGUGUUCUACUUCACUUCCAGCGUGGUUCCUUCCGUUUACACCAUUUACAUGGGAAAAGAUAAGUACGAAAAUGAAGACCUAAUAAAGUAUGGCUGGCCUGAAGAUAUCUGGUUUCAUGUGGAUAAACUCUCCUCUGCACAUGUGUACCUUCGGUUACACAAGGGGCAGACGGUGGAUGACAUUCCUAAGGAAGUUUUGAUAGACUGUGCCCAUCUCGUGAAGGCAAAUAGCAUUCAAGGUUGCAAGAUGAACAAUGUCAAUGUGGUGUACACACCGUGGACUAAUCUGAAGAAGACUGCAGACAUGGAUGUGGGGCAGAUUGGCUUCCACAGGCAGAAAGAUGUGAAAAUGCUGACAGUGGAGAAGAAGGUGAAUGAGAUCCUGAACCGGCUAGAGAAGACAAAAGUGGAACGCUUCCCAGACCUGGCUGCUGAGAAGGAAGCCCGCGACAGAGAGGAGAGAAAUGAGAAAAAAGCCCAGAUCCAAGAGAUGAAGCGGAAGGAAAAGGAAGAGAUGAAGAAGAAGAAAGAGCUGGAAGAACUUAGAAGCUACUCAUCGUUAAUGAAGGCUGAGAACAUGUCCUCUAAUCAGCCAGGAGGAGCAGGUGCUGCUGGAAAUGCGUGUAAAGUCCUCCCAAUCCCCUUCCCACCCAACUGAAAUAACAUAGAGAGCUUUAAGUGCAGCACCAGGCUUGAGUCCACUUUUGAGCUGGUUGGGCAUAACCGGGCUUGUGGGCUGAGGAGAUCUUCCUAAUGGCAACCAUUACCUGCAUAUCCCACCUUGUUAUUUCAAGACAAUGGGGAAAAACACACUUUUUUAACAAGAAAUAAGCUGGAGUUGUAAAGACAGAAGUUUGGGGAGGAAUGAAAUAGGUGCUGAGAAGUAGAAGAGGAAAGGUGGAAGGGGGAUGUCCUUGCAGAGGGCAAGCACCCAGGACUGGAGCAGAAUAACAUGGCUGCCCUGCAGUGGUGGAAAAGGAGCCAAAGAGGAAAGAAGCCCAGGCCAGUGAGAGGAAAAAGAGGAGGUGGAGCAAAGGAGAGACAGGGGCUGAAGUUCAGAAGAGGUCUUGGUGUGCAGUGGGUUUGCCUGUGCUUUGCCCAAGGUCUGGCACAUCUGCAGCAUCCUCCUUGGUGUGACCUUGGGCAAACAGAUCUUGGAGCUCCUCUGAGUGACCCUCAGUUUAAAAUCCACCUUUUGCAACCUAGUCCUUGACUGACUGCUUAGAGGGGUGUGUGGCUUUCAAGAACUCUUCAUUUUCCUCCUGGUUAGCACAGAGAUCCCCUUUGAAACUUGAACUGGGUUGAAGUAUGAGCAUCUCCUGACAUGCCCAAGUGGGCUGUGCCCAGUUGGUGACACUUGCCAGGGAGAAGCAUGGUGGAAAUGCUGUACAGGGAGGUCUCCUCCUUGCAGCAGUCACUCCCCAUGUGAUGCCAGACUGUUUUCCUUCUCCCAUGUUGGGAAGAAGCUCAGGCUGGGAUAUGGGGAUGGUCCAUGAAGCUGACGGGUGAGAGGUUCUUUGUAGAUCUCAGCAGAUGAGAGGAUAUGCUGCAGGGACAGCAAACAGCAACUGCUGUUUCACAAUCAGGGCCUCGCUUAGGGCUGUUCCCACUCCAGAGCGGCUGUUGUACAACUGUUUGCUCUGAUUUCACGGUGUUCAUACUGAAAUGCCAGGAAACCAGAAUAAAUGGGAAUUCUGAAAUCCUGCUAAAUAUACUAUUUCACCAUUUUCCACUGUAAUGUGC